UCAAGCCAAAGAUGGCGCCGAAUUUCAACUAGGGAAACGUAAACUAUUGAUAACGCAGUUAAAAUGUGUUAUUUUAAGUUUUUAUAAAACUUGUGUUUGUGCAAGCCAUCGUCGACAUAAUGACGACAUUGAGAAAGCGUUCCCACCUGGCGGCGUUGGAAGAAAAGGAAGAGCGAUCGAAAGAUAUACGGACAGCAAAUAGAUCGAAAACAAACAAACUGAGCAGGGGCAUAAAUAAUACACAGUUUUCCUCUUCAUCUACAAAAAAUGAAGAUGAGAAAACACCUAAAAGAUAUCCAAGUACGAGUCAUCACACAAGUUAUUCAGUCUCUCCUUGUAAUGACAAUGAGUUACAGCAAGAUAUAUUUUGGGACCCAAGUUCUCCAACACCAGCCAGAUUUGGUAAAGGAGAAAAGAAACAUGCAGUCGGACGAGCUGUAGAAAUUUCAGACAUUGUGAAUCGGAUUGCACCCAAGGAUGAAAAACCAGCCAGCCAUGAAGUUCCACUGCUUGAAAUGUGGAUUGGUGACAAUGCAAUUCCAUGCACUCCUGGGGUACUUCGGGCUAGACCAAAAAAACAUUCCUUUAGGGCCAGUGAUGUGGAGGACCUUAUGAAGCUAGCAAAACAGUUCGACAGAAAUAUGAUUCAAGAUGCUGAACAAAAUCAUGGCCGAGACCUACAGAAUUUUUUACAGGAUGAGAAUGAAGACCAGAUGGAAUCGGAUAUGCAUGAAAAAGUUCUUCCUUCUUUUUUAGGUGAACUGACUGGAACAAAAAAGAUUAGUCCCUUUAAUUUGAAAAAUGCUGGCAUACAAGAGGAAAUGCAAAUUAAAAACAGCAGCCAGAAAUUGGUGAAUCAGGAGGCAGAAGCAGAUUUCAUUGCCUUGUUUGAUGGACCUACUCAGCUCUUGAGUGGUAGACAGAGUCCGAAUUUGUCAAAGUCCUCACUUUCGUCACCAAAAAGAAACUGCAUGCUUGGUGCAGAGACUAAUGAAGUUACAAAAAAAAGUACCUGCAAAGGGGGAGGGAAUUUCAAAUUUAAUAAGCCUCCUGGGUUUGGAAUAAAGCCUAAUUCUUACCAAAAUGCAACAGACCAGUGUCCAACAAAGCAUAAAACUGUUUCUUCAUCAAAACCACAUUUAAACGGAUUAGAAAUGGCCUCUAAAGUGUCGUCUGUAUCCACACAGGACUUUGAUGAUGAUUGGGAUAGUGAUGAUUUGCUUGAUGAUUCUUUUCUCGUAGAAAUUACUCAGAACCCUGAGCUCAUUGCAACUCCCAAAGUGACCCACUGUUCUAAACAGACGACCGAAUGUAUUGAAAAUGACAGUAGUAUGUCUCUUAUGUUGCACAAUGGUUUAACUGGUAAGGAGUCUCAGCAGUGUGGCAUUGAUAUGAAUCCUGGAGAAUUUCAAAGAAAAAACGAUGCUUGUGAAAAAGUAAAGAGUAGGGCUAGUUUUAUGCUGCAUAGAAACUCACAGGUCCAAGUAGGUGAGAGAAGUGCAGAGAAUAUACCUAAGCAGACUGACUUUUGUGGAUCAAAUAAACCUGAACCACAGAAAAACUUGCAGCAACAAAACACAUAUAAAAAUGAAACCACGUUCAACAAAGGGUCACCCAACACGCCUUCUAAAAAUAUACACAACUCUCAACAGGUUAAAAGUGGAAAAAGUAGAGCCAGUAUGCAAAGUGCAAUAUCAUCUGACUAUGGGACACUGAAGUCUGUAAAGCAGUCUGUCAAAGGUCAACAAAUCAGAGUUGAGGUAGCAAAACAAACCACGUCUUUGGUUGAUGACUGGAAUGAAUCCAAAUUCCCAGAUGAGGAUUUAAUAGAUGCUCUUGAUGAUGCUUUUUGGGACGAUGACGGUGAUGAUGACUUGUUGUAUCAGGUGUGUGAUGAUGUAGAAAAGUUGAUUGAGACUCAAGGCACAGGGCUUAGCACAAACGUUGCACCAUCUUCAGCAAAAAGCAGUAACUUCCAUCUGGUCACCUAUCCAAACAAAUUAAAGUCUUGCCCAGCACCAAGUGCUGUUCGUGGAAUGUCUGCUCAAAGCAGUUAUGCUGCUCCUGAAAACCGUACCCAAAACAGAACUGUGGGAAACCCGUCAAAUAAACCUCCAGCUACAUUUAAUCGAUCUAAUUCUUUACCAGCAAGGACUACUACAUUUGGAAAGGACUCAUCCAUUAAUGCAACUUUUUAUUUAAAUCAGAAAAACCACAAUUUGAAUGUAAAUUCAAAUGGGAGUGUGAUUGUGCCGACUUCUGUUAAUGACAACAAAUCAAAUGCUUCCAAGUACGUGUUUACAAAAAUAAGGAGCACUUCUGUCGAACCUUCAAAAGUACAAUGUUGUCAAAUUACAGGACUUGCCUCUGGAAAUGAAACCAAUAUUCAAAGUUAUAAUAAAGGAACUGUCCAAUUACAUCCAUCUUCCAGUGGAAUUACUGGUGCUUCACAGCACCCUUCCUUCAAAAGGCAUCUUUCUGACUCUGUCGCAGUGACAAGUAAAGGUUGUAUAACCAACCAGAGGACAGUAAAAUGUUCUCAAGAAGAGAUUGAAAGAAAGAAACGUGAAGCACUGGCACGAUUACGGAUGAGAAAAGAAUCGUCUCUUCAGAAUGGUGCGCCAGUGUGAUCACACAGCUCCACGUGGUGUGCUGAAAGAACCAUUUCAGACUGACGAAGCUCCCGCACCCAGCAAAGAACCCAAUUGAGAGGUUACCAUCUUUUGUAAAUGGUAACGAGUACAGCUGCCAUAAAGGGCCAUCAUCAUGCCAGAAUGACAGAUGACAUCAACACUUCUUUGACUCACUUGCUCAGAUAAAGUCUUGCUGUAGACCAUUGGCUACAGCAUUUUCUUUGAUGGGACAGCCUUUUCUCUUUAACAUAUUAGCAAGUAAUUUGAUCAGUACUGUCCUAUGCUGUUAAGAUUCAAGCCAGUGAAUUACAUCUGCUGAAAAAGAAAUGGUGUACAUUUUAUGAAAGAGAAUGCUAGUGUAAAUAGUAUAUAUAGUAAUGUAGAUUCUGGAUUCACCAGUUGACUAUUGUAACACAGUUAGGGGUUAAGAUUCUUGAAAUUAAAAUUAUACAGCUUGUGACCUUCUUUACCCCCUAUGAAAAUCAUCUGCAGUUAAACUAUUUAUUCUGGACAGAUUACUGUGUAGAUGUAUUGGUCUCUAUGUUGAGCUACUUGCAUUUAGGGGACAUCUUUCGUGGUCAACAUUUUUGCAAAAUAUUUUUAAAUGUCAGCAGGUAUUUGACAGCUUUGGCAACAGUACUCGGUUAUCAUUGCUGAUCAUGCUGAAUGUCUAUGAUUCUGAUUUAAUAUACGUGGUUACUAAAAUUACAUUAGGCUACCAACAAAGUAGGUAUGCUGCAAACAAGUAAGUUGCCAUAAAUACAUGUAAUACAUUUAAUAUCAUAUCUAAGGCUUCUGAGGAGGUAGUCUACUCUGGUACUGUUAAGGAAUCGGAGGUAUUUCAAGGUAAGUUAUAAAAACUGUGUUCGAUGUAUUGGCUAAUGUGUUUACUUCCAUAAACAUAUUUGUUUUUAGUUAUUUCUUCAUGUAACUUGUUCUAGAAAGUUAUUAGUUUGAAGCAAGGUUGGAAUAAUGGGAGUGUCCUCUCCCUUUUUGCUUUAGUUGUUGCACAAUUCUGGGGGAUAUGUUUUACCAUUCUCCAGUUUGCUGAAUGGAGAUCAUCUGGGAUUUGGAUCAUGAAAGUAGAUGUUUCCUACUCAAUUUUAAUACAUUUAAUAAAAGUCAUCAUUAACUGCUUCAUACUUGAUGUACAAAUAUGCAUGGUUGUGAUUUUAUGUACAGUCAACCCUCUUUUUACCGCCUGGUAAGGGCCAUGGCGGAAAAAAACGGGCAAUAAGCGAGGGGGGCAUUAUAGUGAGGGGCCAAAGAAAAAAAUAAAAAACACACCUACACAACCUUCUAUUUGCAA